UAAUAAAAGUAUGAACACAUGUAGAGUCCGGGUAAAAACAUAUCAGCUCCGCAUGCGGAGUCGCCACAACAGGAAAGAAAGGAAAACACUUAAGUGUUGUCAUGGCAGCCGGCAAUAAAUCAUCACUCGCAAGUGACUCAUUCAGAACCACGCCUUAUCUUCAAUGGAUUGUCGAGACGUUCAAUUUUGAGCGCUCCUUCUAACAUGAAGCCCAUUGCUGACGGCAUGUCCCACGUGAUACCCAAUCACGUUCUGAGGGUGGGUCAAACGAUACGUCUGAACCCGGAGCAGGAGACCAUCACUCAGUGUUCCGGCCCGGGCAAGCCCGGCAGUCACCGCAACGACUUGGGCCUGGACAUAUCCCUGGACAAUCUCAACCAGCUCAUGCGGGAACUGGAUCCGGAUUUCGACCCGAUCCAGGUCAACAAAAACCACACCUGCGUCAGACCAACUUCAGAUGGAUGCCGUUCCCCAGUGUCCCCCGCUAUCACCAUCCCCAGACCACCGAGUCUCAGCUUUAGUCCUCCAGGCGCAGUGGUCUUUUCUGGAUCCCUUUCCUCUUCACAGUCUCUGCUGCCAUGUGGGAGUUCACUGCGACAGAAUUCCUCGAUGCGGCAAGACUUGUCCUGCUCCCAAGGAUCCUUACGGCUAUCCUACCCCAAUAGAAACAGUGUCGCCUCCCUACUCUCCACAUCAACAUGCUCAGAUACCAGCUACAUCCUUGGCAGCACAUUGUCUUUGACCAGUGAAGAAGCCGACUGUCAAGAGUCUAUCGUCUACAGUGACGGAUGCAGGACAAGGACCUAUGACACCCAUAACUAUUGUCCUGGGCAGGAAACGCCCAGCAACUAUUCGCUUAGCAGUCCUGAACUGUCGGGCUCUUUUACUGAUAUCCCCAUGUUGCUGAUCAAUGGCGUACCACACCUUGACACGUUGGUCAACACAUCUCCCGUAUCGGAAAACGGCUCAGCACAGAAGCCAUUCACUCCUCACGGUCCCCAAGUCUAUGGCAGUCAGCCAACAAUGACAUUUGUCAUGGACUCUUCAAAAUUUUGGUUCCGACCCAAUAUCAGCAGAGCAGAUGCUGAGGCCCUGGUCCGGGACAAAGAACCGGGAACGUUUGUGGUGAGAGACAGCACUACCUACAGAGGAAGUUUUGGUCUGGCCAUGAAGGCAGAUCCAACGACAACCAUAACUUCUGCCACUGUUGAUGCAGGCAGAGAAAUCAGCUCUAAGUUUAUCAAGCACUUCCUGAUCGAAUCGUCACCAAAGGGUGUUCGCCUGAAAGGGUCCUCUCAGGAGCCAUACUUUGGAAGCCUGUCUGCCCUGGUGUACCAGCACACUAUUUCACCUCUCGCUUUACCCUGCAAACUACUGCUCCACACCCACGGAUUAGAUGGAGAAGCUGAAAAAAACACAGACAUCUUGGCCGCAGGCAACAAGAACGGAACAGCCUCCAACUUUAUCUACCUGAAUGCUGUCCCCACUGAGACGUUGACAGGACCGUGUGCUGUUGAGAGGGCCGUGUCCUCCACCCUCCAACUCCUUUCAGGGUCCUUUGAACCCACCAUCGUCAACCUCAAAGUGUCCUCGAAGGGUAUCACGCUGACGGACAUCAACAGGAAGCAUUUUUUCAGGCGUCAUUACCCUGCUCACCUGCUCAGCUACGGUGGAGAUGACCCAGAAGAUCGAAGGUGGCGGAAAGGUUCAAGUUUUGGUGCAAGAAUGUUCGGCUUCGUGGCAAAAGGCGUGGAAGCCGGCGCGGAGAACGUGUGCCACGUCUUGGCGGAGUACGACCCCCUGCAGCCCUGCAGUGCGGCCAUCAACGUCAUCAAGGCUGUCAUAACCAAGUCUUAGGUCACUGUUAAUGCCAAAAUCGGGUACUUUUUCUGACGGACCCUGUCUCUUAUUUGCUCAGGUAACUGAGGAUUUAAGGCAAAAGCGAUAUUUUUUAUAUGGAUCUACGCUGGUUUGCACUAAGCGGAAUGGCUUCGCCCUGCCAUUGCCGCGGCAACCCUACUGGUUGCGUCAUUGCUGGGUUGGGGUUCGCGUGACCGAGGAGCUUGUGAAGCGUGUUCAGGCGCGUCGUCACUUCAACAAGUUCUGUUUUUUGUUUGGCACCGAUGCUCAUUGGCGCCCUGGGGCAGAACAAAAGCUUUCUUCCAGUGAUGGCGAUCACGUGACCAUAAGCAAAUUCUGUUCUAAUGAUGCAGACUCAAAACUGUAAUUAAUAGUAUUAUUAUAUGAAACACAAGAGGAACGCUCCUCCACAGAACAUCAAAUGCCAAAAACCCCCACACACAAACCCCCAAAAACCACUGCAUGAGAGAAAUGCUGCAAGUCCAUGGAACAAAACAGGAUCCAGGGGUGCCAAACCUGGGGGAUAUUUUUCUUGAACAUACCCGUUGUCAGAAUAUUUGUAAAUACGUUGUUAUCACACAACUUCUUUGCUUGCGGUUCAGGUUGCCCUGCGGCCUGUGGUUACUUAUCAAGCAAAAGGCAGACAGCUUGUAAAUCUCCACUGUGUGCUUCGGAAUGCGCCGUAGAGGUGUCGUUUUCUCAGAUCUGGACAGCCACGGGAAGGGACCCGAAAUCUACAAUCAGAGAGGGGGUAAACUUGAUGCCGCUCCAAGCACCUUUUGUUUGAACUGUUUAUGACCCAGUGCAGCUUACCAGUGUUACAAUGUCCUGUAAUGUAAAUUCUACCGUAAACCCUGUUGUAGUUUGUUUUAUUGUUGGGCGGAUUUGUGAACGGCAAACACAGAAAUGAUCCAUCAGGUAAAAAAACAGAACGUCACAUGCCAUAAAAACACACACCAACCCCCAAAAACCACUGCAUGAGAGAAAUGCUGCAAGUCCACGGAACAAAACAGGAGCCAGGGGUGCCAAACCUGAGGGAUAUUUUUUCCCCUAGAUUUUCUCUUCUGAGGAAUGCAGAAUUUUUAUUCCUGCUGUUGAAGCCCUUGCCUUCAAAGGAAAGAGCAACAAUUCCAUGUUUAAAUACCAGUUUCACGCAUUAAUAACGCGGAGAGUUAUGAUCUCGUUUUGAUCGUCAAAAAUGUAAUUUGUGAUAUUUCUGUGUGAAAAAAAUACUUCUGAUAUUCUGUACAUUACGAGUUAAUCAUAUUUGUUGUGGUGCAUGACAAUGUCUCAAUAUGUGUGGUAUUGAGCCUUAUAAAUAUUCUGUAUUUGAAGACUGUCAAUCCGAGAAUGUUAUUAAAAAAAAAUCUGCCACAAAA